GGCGGAGGAGGGUGUUGUUUGGAGUGAGGGGAAGAGGAUAGGAUAGGAUUAGAUAAGAUGGAUAGAAUAAAGUCUACUGAAGAGAUAUUUGGAGGAAGGUUAUUGCAAGAGGUGGAAGAUAGUGAGGAGAGUUUAGAAUCGGUAUGUUUGUUCAUGUUUGUUCAUUCUCUUUAUUCCUUAUCGAUAACACUUUUGUCUUUUCCUCAUCCUCCCAUCCUCUCAUCCUCUUCCAAACUAUAUAAAUACGUUAACUAAUUUUAUAAUAUUUAAAAGCUCCUAACGACAUUGACAAAUAAACUAACACCCCAUCCUCCAAAAACCCAUAUCCCUUCUCUCGAUGCACUCUGGUCUCAAUCGUAUCAUAACCAACCGAGAUUAUCCGUUUCGGGUAGACAGUUACCGUUAUUGAUUCAUAUUCUGACGAGGCUUCUCAGAGAUGAGGAGGAAGAGCUUGGGAAGUGUGUUGUAUUGAUUGAUGUUAAUGGGAGGUUUUCGCCUUCGUUUUUAGUAUUCGAGGAUAAUGAUGGGGAUGAGGAUGAGGGGGAAAUUAAUGAACAAGUGAGGAAGGAGAUAAAAUUAAAGAGAGACGAUCUUAAACAUCUCCAUGUAUUUCGGCCUUCGACGGAGAAUCUCGAAUGCACUUUAAGAGGGAUCGAGAAGUAUAUGUUGUAUGGAGAGCAUAAUAGUUAUGGGAGGGAAUUUGGAGGGACGAUUUUAUUUGGGUUUGAUGGGAGGGAUGCGGGAGGGAAUGGGUUGAAUGUGAAGGGGAUGGGGAGGCCGGAGGUGGUGAUGGGGUGGAGGGGUGGAGGGGUGGUUGAGGGGGAGAGGAGGAGGAGGUGGAUGAGGAGAUGGAGGAGGAGGAGGAGAGGAGAAGGGAUGGAGGAGGGAUGGUG